AUGCAAAAUUCCGCACUCGCAGGGAAGUCCGCGCUCGUCAUUGGCGGCACGAAUGGCAUUGGUCGUGGCAUGGCCGAGUGGCUGGCACAACAGGGCGCCUCGGUGACGGUCGCCGGGCCUACUUCAGCUGGCUCGAGUGCUCCGACGUACGCGUUUUCUCCAAUCAAUGCACAGUCUGUUGCGGACGUGGGCAAGUUCUGCGCAGAAUAUCUCAGAACGCACGACCGACUCGACUACCUGGUGGUGACUGCGGGCAUUGCGACCAUGCAAGGACGUACCGAGACCGACGAAGGCAUCGACCAGAAGCUGGCCAUUCACUACUAUGGCCGCGUUGCUGCCAUCCAGGGUCUGUUGCCGCUGCUCGAAAGCACCGCCAAGCUGCCAAACGCCGACGUGCGCGUUCUCUCAGUGCUCUCAGCGGGCGUGCACUCGGCGUAUGCCAAUUACCGCACCGAUCCGGAAGUCCGCACGUACUCUCUCCAGCGCGCUGCCAAUGCUGCUGGAUUUUACAACGACCUGGCGUUGGACGCGUUGUCACGCGAGCACCCGACGGUGACGUUCGCGCAUGCAGCACCGGGCCUUGUCUCGACCUCCUUGGGCGCCGAGCUCAACCCAUUUCUGCGGGGUGUUGUCCGAGCGAUGCAACUGUUUGCCAAGAGCCCAGAACGGUGCGCCCGGCUAAUUGGUGCCGCGCUCAUCGCGCCAGAGUUCAAAGGCGGCUUCCACCUCGUCAACCCGAACGGCAAGCCCGCCAAGCGGACUCCUCAGCACGACGAAGCCCGUGACUUUGUUUGGCAGAACACCAAGGAGGUUCUUGCCAGAGCGUCAGCUACUGGUGCUGCUGCGAAUGCCGCCAAGGGCAAGGAGUAA